AUGGCGAGCGCCUGGUGGCGCCCGAAGAGACAACCUGGACGCUCGUUUUACAUCCUAUUUCGUCCCGCGGACACCUUCUACGAGCCUCUGACGGAGGACGUGGAAGAUCUCCUCGGCCGCUUCCAGCAGAAAGACUCCAUCCACUUCGACGUCUUCUCGGCCGUCUGGAGAGACAUGCGCUUCUCCGACGUCUUCCGCGGCGUCCUCGGCGUGAGCGACACGCGGAAGUUCAGCAAGGCGGCCAUGGCCACGGCUGUCAAGUACUUCCUGCCCCCCUACUGCCUCCACGUCCGGGUGGGGGGUCUCUACCUGAUGUACGCCUUCUACCACACGCAGCUCGCCGUGCCGAUCCGCCUGGCCCUCGGGGAUUGGGACCACAUGCAGACCUUCCUGCAGAAGUUGGCGGUCUGCGGUCACCUGGACGUGGUCUACGUCUUCCGAUCCCUGGUCUCCUCCAAGGCCUUCCACUACACCGCCAUGCCGAUUUUGCUCACCUUCCAGAAGUCCAAGCGGCAGAGCAAGACGCUGUGCAGGGAGAUGCUGGCGAGGACCACCGCGGUGAUGGAGCUCCUCACCGAGGACUACCUGGCGGAGGUCACCAACGUCCUGCACUUCCGUGUCUACUAA